GCGCCUGCUUUACCAGGGCAAGAAGAAGACAACGACGAGGAGUCAGAAGCGUUAGCGGCGCUUUAUGCUUUUGUCGCGUUAGCAAUCGGUCUUCCUUCACCAUGCCGCUAGAAAACCUUGCGGACGAGAGCCUGGAGAAGAAUCCCAACCUCGAGUUGGCACAGAUGAAGUUUUUGCUGGCCCGCCACGAGCCCCAUAACGACAAGCUGAAGCAAGAUCUCAUGACAGCCAUCACUGACCAAAACAUGGCGCCCUUCUACGAGGAGACGUGCGCCGAGCUGGGCUGGACUCUCGACCAGGGCCUGGCGAACAAGAUGAGGGCGGCCAACGCGGCCGAGCUGGUGCGCCUCGAUGCGGCGAUCGAGGACGCCGAGAAAAACUUGAGCGAGACGGAGGUUCGCGAGGCCCACCUGGCCAAAGCAGAAUACCUGAGCCGCAUCGGUGACAAGGCGGCAGCGCUGGCACAACUGAACAAGACGUACGACAAGACGGUGGCCCUCGGUCAUCGGCUGGACCUGCUGUUCCACCUGAUUCGUCUGGGACUCUUCUACAUGGACCACGACCUCAUCACCCGCAACAUCGACAGGGCCAAGAGUCUGAUUGAACUGCGCGGCGACUGGGACCGGAGGAACCGGCUCAAGGUGUACCAGGGACUGUACUGCAUAGCAAUACGGGACUUCAAGAAGGCCGCUAAGCUGUUCCUGGACACGGUGUCAGCCUUCACCUGCUACGAGCUGAUGGACUACCAGUGCUUCGUCACCUACACAGUCAUCGCUUGCAUGAUCUCUCUCUCCCGCGUCGAGCUCCUCGACAAGGUUGUCAAAGGACCCGAGAUCCUCGAAGUGAUGCACGGCAUACCAGACAUUAGCGAGUACGUCUUCUCUCUGUACAAGUGUCGCUAUGCCAUCUUCUUCAGAAAACUCGCAUACGUCGAGCAGCUGCUCCAGCGCGACCGUAUCUGGGCCCCUCACGUGCGCUACUACGUGCGUGAAAUGCGCAUCCUGGCCUACAGCCAGCUGCUGGAGUCCUACCGCAGCCUGACGCUGCAAUACAUGGCGGACACCUUCGGGGUCACCGUGUCCUUCAUCGACCAGGAGCUGGCGCGCUUCAUCGCGGACGGGCGUCUUCACUGCAAGAUUGACAAAGUGGGCGGAGUGGUCGAGACUAUGCGGCCCGACAGCAAGAACUACCAGUACCAGGCCUGCAUAAAGCAAGGAGACAUCCUUCUCAACAGAAUUCAGAAGCUGAGUCGUGUCAUCAACAUCUGAGCAUCAUCGCCGGACCGCUUGAACACUCCGCGGGUACGCUCGCAAUCUUGUGGAGUGUAUGGUCCCUCCGUUCCAGCACUCCCCGAGCUUUUUUUUUUUUUUCCUCCAGCAUUA